GGCGAGCGCGGCGUCCGGGACUCAUCGCUCCUUCCUGCCGGGACCGGGGCCGGGACCGAGGCGCGCCCCCUGUGCGGGGUGGCGGGUGGGCGUCCAGGAGCCCCCGCCCCGCUCUGGAUGCCGAUCGCGACUGCUCGGGCCGGAGGGUGGCUGCAGCUCCCCGGCGGGGGGCGCGGGUCAGGAUGCCGGUGCUGGAGCUCUUCUUCCCCGCGGCAGAGCCGGGCAGGCGGAGGAGGACGGGGGAAGAGCCGGUGCCCUUUCCCAUGGGCAGCCUGCCCGGUUAUCAGCAGGGAACCCUGGCCUGGGACUUGCCCGAGAUGAUCAAGAUGGUAAAGUUCGUUUGGAAAUCCAAGGGGGAGCUCUGCGGGGCGAAGCACAGAGGGGUUUUGGAGAGCGAGGAUGCCCUGGGCGGUUCGGCAGGAGAUGCACGGGUGAGAAGUCAGACAGGGGUUCUCUCCGAGCGCCGUGGCUCUUACCCAUUUAUAGACUUCCGUCUUCUUAACAAUACUACUCUCUCAGGGGAAAUUGGCACCAGGAAAAAAGUGAAAAGACUGUUAAGUUUCCAGAGGUAUUUCCAUGCAUCCCGGUUACUGCGUGGAAUUGUACCACAAGCCUCUCUGUACCUACUGGAUGAGGACUACCUGGGGCAAGCAAGGCACAUGCUAUCCAAAGUGGGAAUGUGGGACUUUGACAUUUUCUUGUUUGACCGCUUGACAAACGGAAACAGUCUUGUAACACUGCUUUGUCACCUCUUCAAUGUGCAUGGACUUAUUCACCAUUUCCAGUUAGAUAUGGUUACAUUACACCGGUUUUUAGUUAUGGUUCAAGAAGAUUACCAUAGCCAGAACCCGUACCACAAUGCGGUCCAUGCUGCUGAUGUCACACAAGCUAUGCACUGCUAUCUGAGGGAGCCCAAGCUUGCCAACUUCCUCACCCCAUCGGACAUCAUGCUUGGACUGCUAGCUGCUGCAGCUCAUGACGUGGAUCAUCCAGGGGUCAACCAGCCCUUUCUGAUCAAAACUAAACAUCACCUUGCCAGCCUGUACCAGAAUGUUUCAGUGCUAGAAAACCAUCACUGGAGAUCCACGAUAGGCAUGCUCCGGGAGUCACGGCUCCUCGCCCAUCUGCCCAAGGAGGUGACCCAGGACAUCGAGCAGCAGUUGGGUUCCCUGAUCUUGGCAACAGACAUCAACAGGCAGAAUGAGUUUUUGAUCCGUCUGAAAUCCCACCUUGACAACCAGGAUUUGAGGCUGGAAGAUGCUCAAGACAGACAUUUUAUGCUUCAGAUUGCACUCAAGUGCGCUGACAUCUGCAACCCCUGCAGGCUCUGGGAGCUCAGCAAGCAGUGGAGCGAGCGGGUCUGCGAGGAGUUCUACCGGCAAGGUGACCUGGAACAAAAAUUUGAACUGGAAAUUAGCCCCCUUUGUAAUCAGCAGAAGGAUACAGUACCAAGCAUACAGAUUGGGUUCAUGACUUACAUCGUGGAGCCCCUCUUUGAGAGGUGGGCCCAGUUUACAGGUGAUACUCCCCUGUCUGCAAAUAUGCUAAACCAUCUCAGGAGGAACAAGGCCAAGUGGAGGAGUUUGCUUCACAAGCAACACAGCAGUAAUAGGAGCAAUGACCACUCAGGUCAAGUGACUGGCAGCCAAGAAAAGACUUUAAAUGAAGAAGAGACUCCUUAGUGGCAGCUUUGCACUUCUUUUCCAUAUAGCACUGCUAUCUUCGUCUUGAUCACAGCAGCAAACAAAAUCCCGGGGAGCCAAGAGCCUGUUGUUAAGAGGAUGGAAAGGGAAGAAAUGGCAAAGCAACAGCUGUAAGAGUCCUCAUGCAUAAGCCCACAGUUCUGCUGGGUGGCUUUCUGGAUCUCCUUCACGUUCCUCUCCCCGCUCUUCAUUCUGCGCAUGCCUGGUGCCAUUUGUCACUUCUGAUAAAGAACUGCCUGAAUGCAGGGUCCCAGUCAGCACCACUGGAGCUGGGCUGGUUGUGGCUGCUGUGGAGCAGGGAGGAUUACUGAGAGAAGAGGAGAGACAGAGGCAGUCCUGGCUAUAUAUUCAUUUACCACAAGUCAUUCUGUGACAUGUGUAUAUAGGCCCAGAGCACCGUACGCUUUCCAGGCUGGCAGCUGGGCUGCACAUGAAACCAGCGGCAUCUUCAGCAUCCAGAGGACACUGGCUGUGUGAGACAGUGCUCAGAGAGAGGGCAGAGAGAGGCUGGUUAUUUUAGUAAUUAAAACAAAAACCUUUUUAACUUUUGUAUUCUGUGCACUAAACAGCAGAUCCAUAAACCUUGGACUGAAGUUACUCUCCAUAUAGGCAACGCCAGUGUAACAAGGCUCACUUUGGUAAUCAUUUUUAUGCCACUUUGGAUAAAAGACUGGCAUCUUCUCAUUGCAAAGAACAGCGUUCCCUCACAGACUAAAGGGGAGGUGUUGUACAGCCUAAACCUUUAAAACACGAACAGAUCUAUCUUUUGAGUACUGUUUCAAGUAACGUGUUUAUAUUCCUACGUGUACAUUUUCUGUAAAUACAGAGCGCUACUGAUUCCCAUGCCAAAAUACUGGAGUACUGUGGGAUUGCUACCUGUAAAAACAUUGGCACUGUGAACAGAAUACUGUUAGUUUUAAUACAAGAGAAAGCAUUUGUAAAUAUGGUAUAGAGUUUAUUAAUAUACACCAUUGUUUGUGGAUAAAAGCCUUAACUUUUAGCAUCCGCCAUCUUCUGAUAGCUGCCAAAAUCAUAUGAUCACAAAAUAUGGUUCUGAACUGCCUUUCCACUAUCCAAGGUGUGUCAAAGGUCAUAAAGGAAUGAAGUCUGUCAGGAUAACUUCUUGAAAACUUCAAACACAUUCCAUAUGGGUCCAUGUUGUUAAUCCAUGGUACCUUGCACAUUCGGUCUAGGCAAAUGCUUCACAGAGCCUGAAGUUCAAAAAAAAAACAAAAACAAAAACAAAACCAAACCAAAAACUAAAACCCACAGCAAAUCAACAUAAUUUGACAGUUCAACCCGAUUACCAUUUAUUCAAGAGUGUGAAUUUUUAUUAAAUAGCUUAGUGAUCUGCAAAGCACGACAUUCUAAUAGUUCUGGAGUCCAGUUUUCUUGAGUGAUGUUGCAGUGUAGCUGAUUUUUUUUCCCCACAUUCCCUCCUUAAGUAGCCAUCAUCAACAUGCAUUUGUAUUUUUCUUUUCAAUAAAUAAAUAAAUAAAUAUAUACAUCAACUGACUUUUAGAUCAGUUUCACUCAAUGAAGGAAAAAAAAAAAAACGCAUUGCAGUCAGACUAUUAGGGAAAAUCUAGCAUGAUAGCUGAGGAAUUUUCUACAGUCUUGUGUUUGUGAAAGAUACAUGGCCUUACAUGUGCCAUGAACAGCCUCAGUUCAGAUAGUCUUUACAAACCUUUACUUAAGCUUCCAUCAUUUCAGUGAGAUUGUAUUCUAGAACACUCCUGCAUUGCACCAAAGUGAUUGUCCACUUGUCUACCCCCCUAAAAAUUAAUUGCAUUCAGGUAAAAAGUAGUGUUGUUGUAAACCCACAGGACAUCAAACCUUGUAAGCUGUUUUUCCAAAAGAAAAUGUUUAGAUAUGAAUAUCUUGGAGAGGCCAACGAAGAAAGAGCUAUUCAAGUCAAGAGAAAGAUAUAUUUACUUAUAAAGUGCAAGGAGAGUUAUAAUAGAAUUUUUCUCACAUGAAAUUGAUUUUAUUAAGCAAAGUGUUCAUGCUCAUAAGGUAAACAAUGUGUUUAAAGGCUAAGAAAAAUCUUAAGUUUUAGUAAAGGAUGUUUUACUCUACUAAUUAAUGGGACAUGCAUCUUCAGAGAAGGAGAUUGAAACCCAGUGAAGUAGGAAGGUGGAAAUCACUAUGAAGACACAAAGCAUCCUGAAAAUGGUGUUUUGAUUUUCCUCUACUAUUUUGUAAGCUGCAAGCUGUUGUAGUAGAAUAAAAUUAUUUCUAACUAGAGGACAGAAAUGUCUUUUUAACCACCUGAUGAGGGGGGCAGGAACAUCACCACUUUGCAGCUUUUUAUGUGUAUCUUUCCUGCUCCUGACAGAUUUAGGACAAUCAUUAGAACAUUAUGUGAGCAGUGCAAAGUGCUGCUUAGAAGCACUUAAGUAAAAAAAAAAAAAAAAAAGGGGGGGGGAGGGGUAUAAUUUCCCUUGUUUUGUUUUUUU